AAACUUAUUGCUGAAAUAUUCGUUACAGAAUGAAGAAAAGGAAGGAGCACAGCAAGAUAUCAGCUAGAAGUUAUGCUAGAGCAGGUUAGUUUGUUGAUGGCAACCGGGUUCAACUGACCUAGUCUUCAUUGAAAUCCUUUUUGUUCUAACCUUAUGUAAUGCCCUUUAUAUCAUGGGUUUAGUGAUAAUAAACCAGUAAUUUCUAAAUUUUUCAAUAAUCAUCUCCAUAAUGUCAGUAAGCUCGAAGCAAGUGUUGAAGCUUUACAGAGAUAUGAUGAGGGAGGCAAAAAAGUUCCAUGCCUAUAAUUUCAGGAAUUAUGCAUUAAGAAGGAUCAAGGAUGGUUUCAGUAUGAACAAAGGACUGACAGACAGCAAGGAGGUUUUAGCUAAAUACAACUCUGCACUCAAAAGUUUUGAAAUGCUCAAGAGACAGGUGAUUGUUACCAGCUUAUACAAAACAGAUAAUAUAGUUGUUGAAAAAAAAAGAGAAAAGUGCAUCGAAUAAAUGAAUUAAUAAUGAUCCAGAAGUGUUGAUCUGUUCUGUAUAUAAUUGAUAUUUUAAGUACGAAAUUGUAUAUAGAAAUAAAAAAUAUAGUUUGUUAGUGUUU